AUGGCAAAAGGUGGAAAAUUAUUGAAGCUAAAAUCAGCGCUCAAAAAAUGGAACUCGUUCGGAAACGGAAAACAGAGCCGCCACAGCAUCAGCGCCGUCGCCGAUGAAGAAUCCUCCUCCUCCUUCAGAUCCGACCUUCACAGCGUCUUCGUCGGCAAGUCCCGCCGUCUCUACCGUGUCACCUCUGACGUUGUCGACAACCCUGUCUUUCGCGAACUCAUUGAAAGGUCCCGUGAAACCGAACAAGAAAACGACAACGUUAAUGUCGUAGCAUGCGAGGUUGUUCUUUUCGAACAUUUACUAUGGAUGCUCGAAAAUGCUGAUCCUCAACCUGAGUCACUUGAUGAACUUGUCGAUUUCUACGCUUGUUAG